ACCUCCAAAGAGUCCACCUCCAUCAGGUCCACCAGCUCCAACGAGUCCACCUCCACCACCUCCACCACCUCCUCCCACUCUUCUGCGUUUGGGGCCAUGGGGCACUCUCUCACACUCAGAGCCGUCCCAGGACCGUGGAACCACUGCUGAUUCUGCUCUGGACGAGGCCUCGCUGAGCUCCUUGGUCCUGCUCUGGACCUUCUGACCUUUGGGUGAAGACUUCUCAGUAACUUUUCUGCUCCGGUUCUCCACCCGUCCCUCACCAUGCCGCUCAUGCCGGUCAAGUUCAACCUGCAAAAGCGGGUGAAGCUGGCACAGGGCCUCUGGAUGCUCUACUGGGUGUCUGUGAUGGUGGGCAUCCUCAUCUUCAGCCUGGGCAUCUUCUUCAAGGUGGAACUGAGGAAGAGGAGCGAGAUGAUGGACAACAAUGAAAGCCACCUCGUACCGAACCUUCUGAUCCUCACGGGGUUGGUCACCUGCGCCGUCAACGCCUUCGGAGGGAAAGUUUGUCACGACUCGCUCGACCCCAUGAAGUUCGCCAAGUGGAAGCCCAUGCUGAAGCAGUACUUCACAGGCUGCGUGGCCUUCAGCGCCGCGCUCCUGGUGGUGGCGCUGUUGUGCUUCCUCAUGCAGUUCUCCGUGUACCUGACGCUGGCCGAGGGGCUGAAAAACGGGAUUCGCUUCUACAAAGACACGGACACGCCGGGACGCUGCUUCAUGAAGAGAACCCUGGACAUGACCCAGAUCGAGUUCCGUUGCUGCGGAAACAACAACUUCAGAGACUGGUUUGAGGUUCAGUGGAUCAGCAACCGCUACCUGGACAUGAGCAACGACCAAGUGAAGGACCGUGUUCUGAGUAAUGUGGAGGGGAAGUUCCUGAUGGACUCGGUUCCGUUCAGCUGUUGUAACCCCGGCUCCCCCAGACCCUGCAUCCAACACCACCUGACCAAUAACUCCGCCCACUACGACUACGACCUGCGCACGGAGGAGCUGAACAUCUGGACCCGCGGCUGCAGGGAGGCGCUCUUCUCCUACUUCAGCUCCAUGAUGAGCAGCAUCGGAGCUCUGAUCAUCUUCACCAUCCUCCUGGAGGGCGCAGACAUGGCUGGGCUGAAGUACCUGACGACGUCGCUGGAGUCCAUGUCCGACCCGGAGAACCCCGAGUGCGAGAGCGAGGGCUGGCUGCUAGAAAAGAGCGUCAAGGAAACGAUCUGCGAGGCCUGCGCCAAAGCCAAGGCUCUGAUCCGACCCAAUCAGGUGACAGAGGGGGAGGAGCCACCGGCCGCCUGAGCCCGCCCCCGCGCCCAUAUAAGGACUGAGCCACGCCCUAACCCUCCCCAACAGCCAAUCACAGGAGAGGCCUGCUGUAAAUAUGUUUUUAAACUGUACAGAGUCUAUAGCGAAUUUUAAUCAUGAUAAAAACCCUCUGUGUACAUAGUGUUUAUAGUCCAGACAGAUAUUAUAUUUAAACACUUCCGCCUUUGGAUUUAACCUAGUUUAACCUGGAAAUGUGUGUGAACGUCGCCAGCAGAGGGCGGUCGGGCUGGUCUGCUGGUGCACUGAGGAGUGAAGCGGCUAAAAUAAGCUAAAAAUCACUAAAGUGAAUCAAGCUAAAACAAAGGCAGCUAGUGUCAGAAAGUGUCAGAAAAUGUCAGAAAGUGUCAGAAAAUGUCAGAAAGUGUCAAGGAAAAAUGGACUUUAAAAACCCUGAGGAGCUUGGUAGAUGACACUGACUGACAUGUACCAGCAGAGGGCAGCAGUGACAGGUGAGACUUGUGAAUGAAACAACCGCAGGGACGUGUCUGAGUGGACACGACAUUAAAACAGGGUUAAAGCCCCAUUGUGGGACAUUUCCUCACAUUAGAACAGGAUUACAGAGAGGAAAGUCAUUUUAACAGAAUGUAGCUUCAAAAAACCUCAGACUUGCCAAAAGCGCUUCCACUCUCGGCCUGUCAGAGCCCAGCACAGCAGAGACGGUGCCCCCCGGUGGACUCCUACAGCACAGACCUGCUGGUGCUGAGGCGUCCACAGUCUGAGCCAAGACCCAAGACCUGGGUCCAUGGUCUCGUUUGGCCUGGACCCUGGUCUAACAAAGCCCAGACCAGAGGACUUACAGGUCCCAGAGUCUGGGUUCCAGUUUAGUCCUUGCUCUGGACCCUGGUCUAGUCCCUGGUCUGGUCUAGUCCCUGGUCUG